AUGACUGAUCGCAAGGCUUGGAAUUAAAAAGAAGAUACAGCUAUCUUAUAAUUGGUGAAACAGUAUGGAAUUAAGAAAUGGACGAUUGUGGCCGAAAAGAUGAAAGAACUCUACAGUUUAUUCGGUCGAUCAGGCAAAUAAUGUAGAGAACGCUAUCAUAAUCAUCUUGAUCCUACCAUCAACAAAGAGCCAUGGAGUGAAAACGAAGAGAGAGUCAUCUUCAUAGCCCACAAGGAACACGGCAACAAAUGGGCUGAAAUUGCGAAACUGCUACCAGGGAGAACUGAUAACGCAAUUAAAAAUCAUUUUUAUUCAACCUUAAGAAGAAGUCUGAGGAGAAUCAAUAAACUCAUUGGAGAUAAGAAUAUAAAGAAAAGGGUACACAACAGAUAAAAGACAUAAAACCUGGAGUAUUAUCAAAGAUAUUCAUUCUGGCAGAGAAGACUUUGUUAAGCCUGUAAAGGACUCCAAGACUCUAUCUUAGAAUUUGCUUAAUCUAAACAAAAGUCUUAGAUCAAUUAGUUUAAUGAAGAUAAGUUCAAAUAAUUGAUUGAUAAGAUAAUGGACUUCAAUGCUCUUUACACAAAAUAAAGAGAGAGUAGAUUAAAGUUAAAAAAGAAGAAUCACAAGAAAAGAAAAAGUAGAAUAGAUGAUGACGAUGACGAUGAUGACUAUACAAGUGAUUAUAAAUACGAAGAAUUAAGCCACAAAUUCCCUUUAAAGAGAUCCUCAAGAUUGAAUGCUAAAAGGAAACACAUAGACAAAGAAGAUUAUAUUGAUAUUUGCAUAAGAACCAAAAAAGGACCCCUAUAUACCAUAUUGAGAGAUUAGUUAGAAGUACAGCAAGAGGAUAAAGAAGAAUAGUCUUCAAAUUUUCAAUAGCAAUACGCUUAUGAAUUCUAAGGAAUCAAUAGUCCCAAUAAUCAUUAAUUUACACCAGGCUUCCAUGUUUUAACUCCAAGACAAAUAUUCUUUUAGAAACAGUCUAAUCAAUACUAUGAUGACGGUAUGCAUAACGAGGAAGCUCCGUUAAGUAAAUCUAAUUUUGUUCCAAUUGUGAUAACUAAAUAGUAUAGUUAGUAUAAGGACAAGACACUUGAUAACAUGGCUUAAUAAUUAUAGCAAAAGAUUAAUGCGAAUGCAGAGAAAUAUGUUAAUCAUUAACUGGAUUCUGAUUUAGAAAUUAACAUUGGUGAUGCUUUCGAAAUCCCAAAGGACUAUAAAUCACCAUCAAGCAAAUUCGGUAUAGGCGGAUAUAGCCCAAGUGCAUUUAGGAAGUAUAGGAAGAAUUAAGAGUCAGGGCUAGUUAACUUCAUGAUAACACCUCGUCAUUAUAAAUGAAACACAUUACCAUAUUAAUAAAAGAUUAUUUAUUUCUUU